AUGGGCAUCAUCACUUUUGUGAAGAACGAGCUGAAGAACAUCCAGAAGGUUCUGAGUCCAGAUUACCCAGAAUGCUUAGAGAGUCAGAGGGAGGAUGAUGAGCAGAGGAGGAGCAGCAGAGAGGCAUUUGUGAAGAUCACACUGGACUUCCUGAAGAGAAUGAAGCAGGAGGAGCUGGCUGACCGUCUGCAGAGAAAACAUCCCUCUGCUGUUUGUCAUCGUAAACUUAAAUCUACUCUGAAGAAGAAGUUCCAGUGUGUGUUUGAGGGGAUCGCUAAAGCAGGAAAUCCGAACAUUCUGAAUGAGAUCUACACAGAGCUCUACAUCACAGAGGGAGGGACUGCAGAGGUCAAUGAUGAACAUGAGGUCAGACAGAUUGAAACAGCAUCCAGGAAACCAGACAGACCAGAAACAACAAUCAGACAAGAAGACAUCUUUAAAGGCUCACCUGGAAGAGAUGAACCAAUCAGAACAGUGCUGACAAAGGGAGUGGCUGGCAUUGGGAAAACAGUCUUAACACAGAAAUACACCCUGGACUGGGCUGAAGACAAAGCCAACCAGGAUAUCCAGUUCAUACUUCCAUUUACUUUCAGAGAGCUGAAUGUGCUGAAAGAGGUAAAGUUCAGCUUGGUGGAACUUGUUCAUUACUUCUUUACUGAAACCAAAGAAGCAGAAAUCUGCAGCUUUGAAGACUUCCAGGUUGUGUUCAUCUUUGAUGGUCUGGAUGAGUGUCGACUUCCUCUGGACUUCAACAAAACUACAAUCCUAACUGACCCUAGAAAGUCCACCUCAGUGGAUGUGCUGCUGAUAAACCUCAUCAGGGGGAAACUGCUUCCCUCUGCUCACCUCUGGAUAACCACACGACCUGCAGCAGCCAAUCAGAUCCCUCCUGACUGUGUUGGCAUGGUGACAGAGGUCAGAGGUUUCACUGAUCCACAGAAGGAGGAGUACUUCAGGAAGAGAUUCAGAGAUGAGGAGCAGGCCAGCAGGAUCAUCUCCUGCAUCAAGGCAUCACAAAACCUCCACAUCAUGUGCCACAUCCCAGUCUUCUGCUGGAUCACUGCUACAGUUCUGGAGGAUGUGCUGGAAACCAGAGAGGGAGGACAGCUGCCCAAGACCCUGACUGAGAUGUACAUCCACUUCCUGGUGGUUCAGGCCAAAGUGAAGAAGGUCAAGUAUGAUGGAGGAGCUGAGACAGAUCCACACUGGAGUCCAGAGAGCAGGAAGAUGAUCGAGUCUCUGGGAAAACUGGCUUUUGAUCAGCUGCAGAAAGGAAACCUGAUCUUCUAUGAAUCAGACCUGACAGAGUGUGGCAUCGAUAUCAGAGCAGCCUCAGUGUACUCAGGAGUGUUCACACAGAUCUUUAAAGAGGAGAGAGGACUGUACCAGGACAAGGUGUUCUGCUUUGUCCAUCUGAGUGUUCAGGAGUUUCUGGCUGCUCUUCAUGUCCAUCUAACCUUCAUCAACUCUGGACUCAAUCUGCUGGAACAACAACAAACAACCUCCCAGAAGUCUGAAACAAAAGAAUCUGCAGAGACACACUUCUACCAGAGUGCUGUGAACAAGGCCUUACAGAGUACAAAUGGACACCUGGACUUGUUCCUCCGCUUCCUCAUGGGUCUUGCACUGCAGACCAAUAAGACUCUACUACGAGGUCUGCUGACACAGACAGGAAGUAGUUCACAGACCAAUCAGGAAACAGUCCAGUACAUCAAGAAGAAGCUCACUGAGAAUCUGUCUGCAGAGAAAAGCAUCAGUCUCUUCCACUGUCUGAAUGAACUGAAUGAUCGUUGUCUAGUGGAGGAGAUCCAACAGUCCCUGAGAUCAGGAAGUCUCUCCAAAUACUGGUCUCCUGCUGAGUGGUCAGCUCUGGUCUUCAUCUUACUGACAUCCGAAAAAGGUCUGGAUGUGUUUGACCUGAAGAAAUACUCUGCUUCAGAGGAGGCUCUUCUGAAGCUGCUGCCAGUGGUCAAAGCUUCCAACAAAGCUCUACUUUGUGGCUGUAACCUCUCAAAGAGAAGCUGUAAAGCUCUGUCCCAAGCUCUUGGCUCUCAGUCCUCUAGUCUGAGAGAGUUGGACCUGAGUAACAGCAAACUGCAGGAUUCUGGUUUGAAGCUUCUGUCUGCUGGACUGCAGAGUACAGAGUGUAUGCUGCAAACUCUGAGUCUGACUCUCUAUAACGUCUCAGACAGAGGCUAUCAAGCUCUGUCCUCAGUUCUCAACUCCCGCUCCUCUAGUCUGAGAGAGCUGAACCUGAGUAACUCUCACCUGAAGGAAUCAGCAUUGAAGCUUCUUUCUGGUGGACUGAAGAGUUUACAAUGUACACUGGAAAUUCUGAGACUAAGUCACUGCAACAUCUCAGAGAGGAGCUGUGAAGAUCUAUCCUCAGUUCUCAGCUUCCAGCUCAGCUGUCAGUCCUGUAGUCUGAGAGAGCUGGACCUGGGUAACAACGACCUGAAGGAUUCAGGGGUGAAGCUUCUAUCUGUUGGACUGAAGAGUUCUGACUGCAAACUGGAAACUCUCAGUCUGGUCGGCUGUCUGAUCACAGACAAAGGCUGUACUUCUCUGGCCUCAGCUCUAUGUGAAUGA